UUUAGAGCAUUAGGAAGCCCAUAUUGUGGUUGCUGGAAUGAAUUGGUAUGCUGAUAGUCGUAAUUCUGGCGUGAUGUCUCAUGCUGAUUUCCAAUACUCGGUUCUUCAAAGUCUGGCGCGCUGGGCUGACGCAUUCGUCGAUUUUGCCUCCAAUCAUUUUCUUCUUCGUCGUCAGAAAGAAAUUGACGUCUUUCUUGGCGCAGCGGAGUUUGAUUGUCGACCAUGUUCGCUGAUGCUGAUCCUUGUACACUAGGCGCUCUUGGCGAAUUAUUGCUGUUGCUCUCUGUCGUCAUUUGUCGAAUAACUCGAUAAGCUUUGAUCCGGUUGAUCACUUCACUUGCUCUGUCUACCAAUUUUGAGACUGGCCAUUGUUCUGCAUUUUCAAGAUUCUGGUCGGAUAUUUUGUCGUAUGUUAAGAAAUUGGCGAGGUAGUCUGCAUGUUCGUUUUGCUGUUGUUCGUCGAGGCCAUCCAUAAAUUGAUUGUAUUUGCUGAUGAUUGUUUUGAGUUGGUUGGUUCGUUCUGUGAGAUGGACGAGUUCCAUCUCCACUGAUGCUGCCAGUUCAUCUUCCUUCUCUAUUGACGGUUUGGAUUUGAGUUGGACGAUGCAAGAUUCGGCGAUUUUGAGGUGUUCGACGAGUGCUCUUGUCGUUCCAUAAAGUUCUUGACGUAUAAUUCGUGCCAUUGAUGGUUGGUUAGACGCGGUUUGCCAAAUAAAACUAAUGUUGUAC